GACCCGGGUCCAGGCCCAGUGUCUCAUCUCUUCCUGUUCUCAGCGGGGUGACUGGGGUUUUUAGCGCCCGUGGGGUCCGCCUGUUGAGCAGAUUGACCGGUGUGUGAAGAGGCUCAAGCUGGCGCAUAGGAAUCCGCUCUGGGGUGCUGUUACUAUCCCCAAUGUGUAGCUGAGACCUGACAUGCUAAGGAACUUGCCACCCCUCAGCGAAGCAGAUUGUAAACGCAUAAACAGAAUUUAAAUCCGGAACCCAUUGGUGCCAGAAUCUGAGCUCUUAACUGUCUUUCUAAAUUGUUUUCUGAGAGUAUCAUUCCUUUCGGAUCUGUGAGAGGAAAUCCCGAAGUCAGCCUUGGAGGCUAUUUGAAAAGUUUUACGCAAACAUGGAUAUCAGACCAAAUCACACUAUUUAUAUCAACAAUAUGAAUGAUAAAAUUAAAAAAGAAGAGUUGAAGAGAUCCUUGUAUGCCCUGUUUUCUCAGUUUGGACACGUGGUAGAUAUUGUGGCUUUAAAGACCAUGAAGAUGAGGGGUCAGGCUUUUGUUAUAUUUAAGGAACUGGGCUCAUCCACAAAUGCUCUGAGACAGUUACAAGGAUUUCCAUUUUAUGGUAAACCAAUGCGAAUUCAAUAUGCAAAAACAGAUUCUGACAUAAUAUCUAAAAUGCGUGGCACUUUUGCUGACAAGGAAAAGAAAAAGGAAAAGAAGAAAGCUAAAACCAUGGAACAGGCUGCAGCAGCUGCAAACAAAAAGCCUGGCCAGGGAACACCAAAUUCAGCUAAUACUCAAGGAAACGCAGUGCCAAAUCCUCAGGUCCCCGAUUACCCUCCAAACUAUAUUCUGUUCCUUAAUAACUUACCAGAAGAGACGAAUGAGAUGAUGUUAUCCAUGCUGUUCAAUCAGUUCCCUGGUUUCAAGGAAGUUCGCCUGGUACCUGGGAGGCAUGACAUUGCAUUUGUAGAAUUUGAAAAUGAUGGACAGGCUGGAGCUGCCAGAGAUGCUUUGCAAGGGUUUAAGAUCACACCAUCCCAUGCCAUGAAGAUUACCUAUGCCAAGAAAUAACAUUUGGAAUAGCCAGUUUUAAAGGACUUGGUAUUAUUUAUAAUGUUCGUUUUGAUUACAUUGGGUCAAGUCAUUUUAGUGGUUGGAAGUGAAAGUGAAGUUUGGGGGAAAGAGUCACCUAAUGUUUUUUUAGUUUUGGUGAACUGUGAAAUCUAAAGCCUUAAUUUUGUACAAUAAACUUUUAUUUGUAUUCUGUGUACUUA